ACCAACUCUUGUUAAGGACAUGUUGAUGAACUUUUCGGGCUCUGGUAUUAGUGUAUCAAAGCAAGCCUCGGAGCAUCUCCCUCCUAAUUACAAACUGAAGCUUGGGAAGGUUUACCAUAUGAUUCCUCUUCUGGGUUCUGUUGCAAGUGAUGCGAGCAGUGCAGGUAUUAUUUCAUCUGUGGAUGUUACAGAAAAGGACAGGGCUGCUACAAGAAGGAUUAAGAUCGUCAUAACAAAGCAACAGCUUCAAGAGCUAUUGACAAAGCAAAUCUCAGUGCAGGAGGUUCUUUCAGCUUCAGGGCUUGAACAGAAAUCAUGUUCGUCUAAUGAUUCUUCAACAAAUUGGAAGCCGAAGCUUGAAUCCAUCCCUGAACUUGAAGGAAGCGAGUAAAGUUACUUUCCAGCGUUUUGUUCAUUAACUUACUUUGCCAGAUAAGGAGAGGCUCAUAGAUGCCCCCUGCAUGUUAUAAUUAUAUACUGUACAUUAUGGAAUUGAAUCAACAUGUUUUUAUCAGUUUAAUGCUUUCUUGCGAAACACGUACUGAAUGGCCAUUAAUAU